AUGAAGGUUUCUUCAUCUUUCACUCGUUACGCGCCCCUUCUCGCCGCCACCAACGGCUUGGUGCUCGGUGCCCCCAGCGGCAACGGCAAAGUCCGCCGCCAGGACCUCUCUGACCCAGCCAACGCUGACUGCACUGGACUUGGCGACUUCAUCGACAGCCAGGUGACUGUCGGCAACGAUAAUGGCGGCGUUUACACCUGUGUCGGUGGCUGGAGCCACGGCGCUUUUCCCACGGAGAUCGAAGCCCGCGCUGAUGAGAACAUGCUCCGCUGGAUCCGUGUUCGCUUUACUGACGGCUCUGAGCGUGAAGUUGGCACCAAGCCUGACCUUGACUGGCACAAGCGAGAGGGCAAGGUUAUCUGGGACCCUUGGGUAGACACCUUCUCUCAGUUCAUCAUGUACGACCACGGUUGGGGCGGUGGUCUCGGCCGUCUGGUCUUCCGUCUCAACUCUUGCCCUCGUGACAACUGCGAGGGAGAUGCUGGUGGUUGGGUCCCUGAUGCUGCUCAGUUUGAUGUUCCUCACGGCAUUGAUGGAAGCGGAAUGCUUCUUGGCUUCUCCGUCAAGCACGGCGAUGGCAUCGAUUCGAUGACUCCCAUCUUCUCCAAGACGGCUGUGGACAGGGUCAUUCUCAAGGACCCCGAGUUCGACCCCACCUUUGAACAGCUCAACGAGAAGCCUUUCUCCGAGAGAAUGAUUGAUGCCGUCCAGGUGACCCACGUUCUCGACAACAGAAAGUCAGAGAGCGAGGCCAACAUGUGGAUUGACUCCUCCAUCGCGACAGAGAGGCAGCACAAGAUCAGCGAGGUCAAAGAGGAGGGCUCUGAGCACGGUGGUGAGGUAGGCCUCACUGCCAAGGGUGAAGUUUCUUGGAAGGCUGGUGUCCCCGGCUGGGCUUCUGGUGGUAGCAAGGCUGGCCUGGAGGCCUCGGGCAAGUAUGUCGGCAAGAAGGUUGAGAAGAAGAUUGUUGGUGAGGAGAACACCAACAUCAUCAAGGAGACUGUUCGCUUCCGUGUCAACCAUCUAGUUCCCGGAGGUGGCAUGGUCCGAUGCAUGACCACAGUUCUCCAGAGCCGAGCCAACCUUCGCUUCCGAGCCACGCUUGAGAACAAGUUCAAGGACGGCACCUCCUACGAGUACAAGGUCACCGGCCUCCUCGAGGACGCCGACCACUCCGAAGCCUGGACCGAAUGUGAGGACGUCAAGCCCGAGGACGUUGGAGGAGUCGAGAUUCCCGCCACCGAUAACCACCAAGUUGUUGACGGCGAUGGUGGCGACCAGACUGAGGACAGCCCAGGUCUCCUUGUUCCUGGCGCUAUCACCGAGUCCGGAGUGUACUGCCCUGAUGGUACCAAGGUUAGCGACACUGAGAUGUCUGACGAGGAGUACAAUGCCGCUUGCCCUAUUUAG